CGUAAAAAUUAAUUAUAUAUUUAAACUGGAUUAACAUGAUAAUUCUUUUGAAUAUUAUACUCUAUAGAUAAAUAAAACAUAAAAGAUAUAAUUUAAUAUUGUUAAAAGUAACUUUUUUUGAUAUUAUGAUUUAAAGAAUGUAAUUAUUAGUGUAAGAACAUAAACUGUAUACCGGCUUUUUCUUUCGUGACCAGUAAAGCGGGUAUUGCAUGUGAUGUAUAAUGGCGUUAUUCGGCAAACGUGAAGAUCUAAAAUUAGUACCUUGGUUUUCACCGACGGAAUGGCAUCAAGUAUAUAAUCAAAUCUACUCAAACAAUAAUGAUGAACAAACUGAAGCAUAUGAAACGCUUUUAGCAUGGAAGGCUAGGAUGCCAAAACUACCUGUUGGAGUGGAUUGUACUCUUUCUAUUAUUCAAGUUUGUUUAAGAGAUCGUGAAUGGAGUCCUAAAAUUGACAAUGCUGAAUUACCUAUACACUAUGAGAAUGAUUUGUGUUUAAUGUAUUCUACUGCCAUAAUGAGAUUUUUAAAUCAUAUUUCUAAUAUCGGACACACCAAGCAAACAUCUUUAUUUCACAUUGCUAAACAACUUAAUAUUCCAGAAUGGAUAGUAAAUUUAAGACAUGAUGCUGCCCAUGGACAUGAAUUACCAUCUAUUGAUGUUCUGAGGAUAGCUGUUAAUUUAUUGCUGACAUGGUUGCAUGAAGAAUAUUGGAUAGCUGAAGCUAAAGCUUUGGAAAAAUAUUAUGCUAAAAAGGCAGAAAUAAUAGAAAUAAAUGAAUCAGAAGACACUGAAGGAUUUACAGAUUUAAUUGAACUUUGGGUAGCUAUUGGUUUAUAUAUUCGUGCUGGUUAUGAUCUAGUGGAUUCUAUACCAGAUGUACAAUUACAAGAAACUUUAUAUGAUUUACGCAUGUAUGCAGUAAAAUUAACACAGCAGACUGAGGGCAGUGAGGAAGAAUCUGAACAUAUAGUAGAAUUGAAGAAUGUUAAAAUAAAAAAAAAAUAUAGUUUAUCAGCAGCACGUGCUAUUCUCCUAGCUGAAAUAUCCAGAUAUCUUGGAAAAAACAAUCAGAUUGUUAAUAAAGAAAAUAUAGUUCUGAAUGCAUUAUUAGAAAAUGAAGCAUUUUUAUUAACUGCAGAUAUUUUUACUAUAUUUUCUGAAAACGAUGACAUUGAAACUAACCAAGAAGAGCAGUUACCCAUAAGCAUAAUACAAUUUUGGCAAGAUGUUAUUAUUUUAUUACAAGAUGUAAAUAUGUUGGAAGCUUUAAUCUUAAAGUUACUUACAUUAGUAAAAAAUGAACAAGAGCCAGAAUAUAAAAGACACAUGGCAGCUUUAUGGAUAAAUACUAUUGCUUACGGUUUUGUUAAAUUAACUAUUGCUCAACAAAUGUUUUGCACUUUAGAACAUAAAUUACGAAAAAUUAAUAAAACAAUAUCUCAAAAAAUAUUAAGUCUCAAAGUUGAAGAGGAAAUAAAUAAGAACCAUCUAAAUUUGAAAAAUGUACUUUUUUUAAACAUAUCAAAUACACUUCCACGUUUUCUAACUGAUAUUCAUUUUCUCAUAGAUAUUAUAUUAAAUGCAAAUAUAUUCACUCGUAAAUUUAUAUCACCUCUUCUACAACUCGUUAUACCAAAACUUGACAUAGAUCAAAAAGAACACUUAUUAAAGUUAAUACAAAUUUAUACGCAAAAUGAAUUUAAUAGUAAAUUUGAUGGACUUAGUAAUAAAAUUAAUGAAGAGAUAUUUACAAUUGAAGAUAUUAUUAAACUAAAUUCUGAACAUAAUGAUGAACUCAAAAGAAAAGAAGAACAAUUAAGAAAGCCAACAUUAGCAGAUCAAAAUAUUCGUAAUAAUCAAUGGAAAUUAACACAUGUACAAUAUUGUUGGACAGAAUGUCCAAUUGGUAUAUUACCUUGGCAAAUUGACUCUUUACAAUAUUUACAACCUAUUAAGAUAACAGCAACAAACUCCAGUGUCCCUAUUCCAAUAUUUGUAUCUGAUAUCAUACCUGGUAUUGUUGAUAAAACAAAUUUGAGAAUGCAAAGUCAAAUUAUUUGGGAUAAUGUAUUGAGAAAAAAGAGAAGAUUGAAGAGAAAACAACAAAAAGAAGCUGACAUAAUAAAUAAAGCGAUAGAAAUUGUUAAAAAACGAAAAUAAUUCGUGUUAUUUAUUUUUGGAUUGUUGUAUUUAGGAACAGUCAAUAAAAAAUAAAGAAGAAUGUAAAAAUAUAAAUAAAAAAGAAAUAAAAAUAUUUAGAGAUA